GCGGGGCGGGACGGCGUGAGGAGGGAAGUUGUCGAAGUUCGGGGAGACGCCCGGCCGCCGGCCUCGCCUACGGCCUGUCCCUCCGCCUCCUUCCCGCCCCGGGCCCCCGUCCGUCCGUCCUUCCUUCCCCUCCCGUGCAUGAUGGAAACACCAUGGCUGCGGCAGCCCAGCUCUCCCUGACACAGUUGUCAAGUGGGAAUCCUGUAUAUGAAAAAUACUACAGACAGGUCGAGGCAGGCAAUACUGGAAGGGUGUUGGCGUUAGAUGCUGCUGCAUUCCUGAAAAAGUCAGGGCUUCCAGACUUGAUUCUUGGAAAGAUUUGGGAUUUAGCUGACACAGAUGGCAAAGGUGUCCUGAGCAAACAAGAAUUCUUUGUUGCUUUACGGCUUGUGGCGUGUGCUCAGAAUGGACUGGAAGUUUCACUGAGUAGCCUAAAUCUGGCUGUUCCUCCACCAAGAUUUCAUGACUCCAGCAGUCCAUUGCUAACCAGUGGGACCUCAGUUGCUGAGCUCCCGUGGGCUGUAAAGUCUGAAGAUAAAGCCAAAUAUGAUGCAAUUUUUGACAGUUUAAGCCCAGUGGAUGGAUUUUUGUCUGGUGAUAAAGUGAAACCAGUGUUGCUCAACUCUAAGUUACCUGUGGAAAUCCUUGGAAGAGUUUGGGAGUUGAGUGAUAUUGACCACGAUGGAAAGCUGGACAGAGAUGAGUUUGCAGUUGCCAUGUUUUUGGUAUACUGUGCACUGGAGAAAGAACCUGUGCCAAUGUCCUUGCCUCCAGCCUUGGUGCCACCUUCUAAGAGAAAAACGUGGGUUGUGUCCCCUGCAGAAAAAGCUAAAUAUGAUGAAAUCUUUCUGAAAACUGAUAAGGAUAUGGAUGGAUAUGUGUCUGGACAGGAGGUCCGUGAAACCUUCCUGAAAACAGGUUUACCUUCUGCCUUGCUAGCCCACAUUUGGUCACUAUGUGACACAAAGGGCUGUGGGAAGCUUUCAAAAGACCAGUUUGCCUUGGCUUUUCACUUAAUCAAUCAGAAGUUAAUAAAAGGCAUUGACCCUCCUCAUAUUCUCACUCCUGAGAUGAUUCCACCAUCAGACAGAUCCAGUUUACAAAAGAACAUCACAGGAUCAAGUCCUGUUGCAGAUUUUUCUGCUAUUAAGGAACUAGAUACCCUUAACAAUGAAAUAGUUGACCUGCAGAGGGAAAAGAACAAUGUGGAGCAGGACCUUAAAGAGAAGGAAGACACAGUUAAGCAGAGGACCAGUGAGGUUCAGGAUCUUCAAGAUGAAGUUCAGAGGGAGAGUAUUAAUCUACAAAAACUGCAGGCCCAGAAGCAGCAGGUGCAGGAGCUCCUGGGUGAACUGGAUGAGCAGAAAGCCCAGCUGGAGGAGCAGCUCCAGGAAGUCAGGAAAAAGUGUGCCGAGGAGGCCCAGCUGAUUUCUUCGCUGAAAGCAGAAAUAACUAGUCAAGAAUCUCAGAUCUCCAGUUAUGAGGAAGAACUGUCAAAAGCUAGAGAAGAACUAAGUCGCCUACAACAAGAAACAGCACAAUUGGAAGAAAGUGUGGAGUCAGGGAAGGCUCAGCUGGAACCUCUUCAGCAGCACCUACAGGAGUCACAACAGGAAAUCAGCUCAAUGCAAAUGAGAUUGGAAAUGAAAGAUCUGGAAACUCAUAAUAACCAAUCAAAUUGGUGCAGUAGCCCACAAAGCGUUCUUGUUAAUGGUGCUGCAGAUUACUGUAGCCUCAGCACCAGCAGCAGUGAAACAGCCAACUUCAACGAACAUGCUGAAGGCCAAAACAACCUAGAGUCUGAACCCACACACCAGGAGUCAUCAGUAAGAAGUAGUCCUGAAAUCACACCUUCUGAUGUGACUGAUGAAAGUGAGGCUGUGACUGUGGCUGGUAAUGAGAAAGUUAGUCCCAGAUUUGACGAUGACAAGCACUCAAAAGAGGAAGAUCCAUUUAAUGUAGAAUCAAGUUCACUGACAGAUGCAGUUGCAGAUACAAACUUGGAUUUUUUCCAGUCUGAUCCUUUUGUUGGCAGUGAUCCUUUCAAGGAUGAUCCUUUUGGAAAAAUUGAUCCAUUUGGUGGUGACCCUUUCAAAGGCUCAGAUCCUUUUGCAUCUGAUUGCUUCUUUAAGCAGACUUCUACUGAUCCUUUUACCACUUCAAGUACGGACCCUUUCAGUGCAUCCAGCAACAGCAGUAAUACAUCGGUAGAAACUUGGAAGCACAAUGACCCAUUUGCUCCUGGUGGAACAGUUGUUGCUGCAGCGAGUGAUUCAGCCACAGACCCUUUUGCUUCUGUUUUCGGAAAUGAAUCAUUUGGAGAUGGAUUUGCUGACUUCAGUACAUUAUCAAAGGUCAACAAUGAAGAUGCUUUUAAUCCUACCAUAUCAAGUUCUACCAGCAGUGUGACCAUUGCAAAACCUGUGUUAGAGGAAACAGCCAGCAAGAGUGAAGAUGUGCCUCCAGCACUGCCGCCCAAAGUUGGCACUCCAACAAGACCUUGCCCACCACCCCCUGGGAAAAGACCCAUCAACAAAUUGGAUUCUUCUGAUCCCUUUAAACUGAAUGAUCCAUUUCAGCCUUUCCCAGGCAAUGAUAGUCCCAAAGAAAAAGAUCCUGAUAUGUUUUGUGAUCCAUUCACUUCUUCUACCACUACCAAUAAAGAGGCUGACCCAAGCAAUUUUGCUAACUUCAGUGCUUAUCCCUCUGAAGAAGAUAUGAUUGAAUGGGCAAAAAGGGAAAGUGAGCGGGAAGAAGAACAGAGGCUUGCCAGACUAAAUCAGCAGGAACAAGAAGACUUGGAACUGGCCAUUGCACUUAGCAAAUCUGAGAUAUCAGAAGCAUGAAGAGUUAUCUGUCCUUUGUCAGCAGUCCAGUGUUCUCUUGAAUACUGAAGCUAUUUACCAUGUGCAUCAAACUACCUAUGAGCAUGGGAUACAAAAGGUUUGAGAUUCCUAGAAAUGUGACAAAAGUCUAGUUUGUUUUGGGGGGGGGGGUGCUAUUUCAAAUGUGUCUUUUAUUUUUUCUUCCAAAAGCAGUACCCUAAUUAAACGGCUUC